CCGCGCGACUGAGCGCUUUCCCCGGCCCUUUGGCGCCCCCCGGCGGUGACAACUCCGCGUCCCUCGGUCCGACUGCGGGAGCACGUCAUGGAGACGGAAGCAGCGGUUGGUGGCUCAGAGGAGGCUGCGUUGGCAGGGUCUGGCGCGGGGGCAACAGAGCCCCUCAUACCGCGGGAGACGGCAAGGGAAGGCGAGGGUGCCGUGGAGUCAGCCGCAGCGACGCUCACCUUCCCAGACUCGGAGAAUGGCGGCGACUGCGCAGACGGACUCUGGGAGUUACCCGUAGAGCACGCCUUGAGGAGGCCGGAGUGCAGCCGCUGCAGCCGUCCCCAGAAGGUCUGCUUAUGUCCAUUUCUGCCAGUACAUCCUCUAAAUAUCUCUACCAAUCUAUAUAUAAUUCAGCAUCCAGCAGAGGAAAACAAAGUAUUACGGACAGUACCUCUGCUUGCUGCAUGCCUUCCCCAGGACAAAGUUAAAGUCAAGAUUGGUCGACGCUUCAGUGAAGAAAGAGAUCCUGAACUUUCAACUAUUUGCCGAAAUCCUGGCACUUUAAUUUUAUAUCCUGGUGCUGAAGCAAUUAAUUUGGAAGAAUUGAUAUCAGAUUCUCCUAUUUCUCUUUCCACUAUCAUCAUCAUUGAUGGGACAUGGAGCCAGGCUAAAGACAUUUUCUACAAGAAUUCCCUGUUCCGACUUCCUAGACAGGUGCAAUUAAAAACCAGUGUUUCUAGUCAAUAUGUAAUUCGGACACAACCAACCAAUAGGUGCCUCUCUACACUAGAAUGUGCAGCUGUUGCUCUUGCUAUUUUGGAGAAAAAUGAUCACAUUCAAGAGACAUUGCUUCGGCCUCUUCAAGCUUUGUGUUCUUUCCAACUUCAGCAUGGUGCUCAGGUUCGUCUCAGCAAGGAACACCUUUUGAAAAAUGGUCUCUAUCCUAAGCCCAUGCCAAAGAAUAAACGCAAACUAAGGAAGAUGGAGCUCUUAAUGAAUAGUGUUAAAAUUUAGGGAAAUUAUCCUUAUGGUGUUAUUAUACAUAUUCAAUUGCAACUUAUAAUACCAAGCUCAUUUUUCAGCCUACAAAUGGCUCUGUGAAUUGCUGACUAACUCAACAAAAGGACCAAGAGAAAUUAUAUGAGAAUCUUGUCCAGAGUUGGGAAAUGAAACACAUAGGUUUUUUUUGUUUUUAAAGAAAAGUGAUAAUAAAAUUAAAAGGCAUGAUUGUUUUCAAAAAUGUCUAUUCAUUUUUGAAACUCCUAUAAUGAAAAAGUUCAUUACUGUUCUAGAUCAACAGUGUUCAUUCAAGGAAUUACCCUUUAUAAAGAAAGGAAAAUUGUUAUGCCUAAUUAAGACAAUAUUGUUUUAGAUAUUACAUAAUAUUUGGUAAAUAUGCUACAGUAGAGAAGGCCUGUGUCAAUUUUGCAGUUUUGUACAGGAACUUUAUAGAUGUUGGUCAGUAGCUUAAAAACAAACAAACAAAAUCAAGUAAACUGAAACAUAUUAAGAUCUGGGCAUUUUUGUUUUAAUAAAAAGUAUAACAGUAAGGAAAAUUCAUUUUCCUGCUAAACUUGGACACAAUUAAUAGUGGAAUUUAAGUACUUUCUUAUUGGGAGAGACUAUAAUUUCAUAUUUUAGGGGUUUCAUGUAGUUUUGAAAAUUAAUGUAUGUUUUCAGUUGCAGUCAUUCUCAGUGAGAAAGUUCCUGUUUUUCAUAGUUCUUAGAUUUGUUAACUGACAAUAAGCCAUGUUUUGUUGAAAUUUUCAAAAGUAACAAAAGUGGAAUAAAAAUGUACAGUACUGCCUGUGGUAUUUUAUGGAAUGACAUGAAUAUCAUUAGGAUCAUUGGAAUAUAAAGAAUGAAAUUUUUUAAAAAUCUAAGAGAAAACUGUGUAGAAAGAAGCAAAUUCUAUCACUCUAGGGAAACGUGAAAUUUCUUAGAGAAUGUUUAACUACAUGUUUUGUGAAUUAAAUAUAAUCCUUAGAUAAACCAUUAGAAGAAAUGUUUAUGUGCACUUUUAUAUAUAACAUAUCAUAUGCAAAGAUAUGUGAAUUCUGACAGUAAAAUGACAUUGUGUUUCUUUAUUUUUGCAAAUAAUGAAUAAGCUUGAUUAUUAGUGCUUUUAGUCCAUAGAAUUGCUUUGCUAUUUGUAGAUUUUUCCAGUAGCUCUUCCUUAUAUUGGACAUUUAAAUUAAUAGAGCCCUGGGAUUAUAUACUUUAUUAUAAAAGCAUACAAAAUAAAAGUACAUGAAAUGUAUUUUAUUGCCACAUAGUACAGAUAUGUACUUUCUGAAGAUUGCUGUUACUUUACUUGGUUUCUGAUAAUAUACUAAAGGGCUACAAAUAUUCACAUUAUUAAAAAAACAAUAGAGAAUAUGACAUCCACUAGAGAAAUAGCUAAACCACUUUCUGGGAAUUGACAAAUGAAUUAAAAUGUUUAUAUAAUUUAUACUCCCAUGUUCAAUUCCAUAGGUUUUUAUCAUAGGACAUUAUUAAAAUCUAUAACAAAUUGAAAUGCCAAUUAGGAAAAAAUACUAGAAUUCCACUGUUUAUAAUAGUUUAUGUUCCCCCUUACUUAAGACUGAAUGGCCACUUGUCCUGUUGGUUGUAGGAAGAUUUUUUUUCCUUAUAUGAUGGCCACUAGAGAUGGCCACUGAAGUCCCUUCCACCUCUGAAAUUCUGAGUUUGUGAAAUAUAUUUAAACAUGAGAAGCAUUAUACCUCCAGAAAUUUUCUUAAUCAUUGUUAAAAACUUCAAAUUAUCAGCAACCUUAAGUGUUUCAACAUGAUGGCAAAUUUUUGUUAAUAAAAUGUUCAGUAACCUCUCCUCUAAGGUUCAUUCACCUUAUAUCACCCAAUCUAGACCCUGGUGCCCCUUAUCUACCAAUCCCCAGGAAAUUGUUCCUCUUUUCUCAAAUGUGGCUCAAGGUCUCCCUCUCCACCUCAAUUUCUUUCCUUCACACUAAAGGACUUCAGCAUAUAUAUUGAUGUUCCUUCAAAUACCCUAACUUUUCAAUUAACUACCAUAACCUGAAUGUUGAGUACCUUUGAUCUUGCCAUCAAUAACUUGUCUUCUACUUCCAUGGUCAAGGACUCCAAAAUUCCUUUCUUAUCAUAAUCUAUCAUUCUCCUUACUACUCCUAAUUAUGUCCUGUACUAUGUCCCUCUAUCCCUCAAUAUUGUCUCAGGCCAUCAUUCUUGUUGCCUCUCCAUUUUUCUCCCAUUCAACCCUUUCAAAUUAAUUCCUCCCUUCUUGUUUCACCAAAACAGACUCUUUGCUAUGAGUUGCCCCUCUUUCUCUUCUCUUCACCCCACAUUCCCCUGAUGUAAUUUUCCACUUCUUUUUUGCUCUAGUCAGAUAAAGAGGUGGCCCAUCUUGUCAAAACCAAUCGUGUUAGGGUAUUAUUUAUCUCAUCACCUCUAAACUUCUCCAGUAUAUUUCCCCCAGUAUCAUCCCUUCUUCAUAUCUAUUCUUCAAUUUCUCCCUAUCUACUAAGUCCUUCUCUGUUGUUUAUAAACACAUUUAAGUAUCUCCAUACUUUAAAAAAUCCUCUUAAAAAUUAGAUCUACUAUUCCUUUUAACCACUAACCUAUAGUAUAUCUCUUCUGUCCUCAGCUAAACUCCGUGGGAAAAAUAAAAUUAAAAACCCACUUACACUUAGUGGUAUCCAUUUUGUUCCCUCUCAUUCUCUUCUAAACACUCUGCAACCUGGCUUCCAAUCUUGUCAUUCAACUAAAAAUGCUUUCCAAAAUGACCAAUAACUUCCUAAUGACCAAAUCUAAUGUUCUUUCUCAAUUGCCAUCCUUGGUUUUUUUUUUUUUUUUGCAGCAUUUGACACUGUUGACCCUCCCUUCCCUGAGUUUUGGUGCUUUAUUUGCUAUUAAAAAUUUUAGUGUACCAUAAAAGAACUUAUACUUUUUUUAAA